UUCGGAACGUCAUUGACGUCUAUGUGUAUGAUAAAAAUGGUGCCCGUUUACCAGCUGGCAUCAAGUCUUUAUUGCUAAAGAAUUGACAUUGUGUGUGAUGAUAAAAAUUGUGAAGCAUGGCGUCGUCAGUUCUUGAUUUAGUUAAACAUUACCAGCACGCAAUAGAGAAACAUCCGAACGACGAGAGUAAAGUGUUAAGAUGUAUAGACAAGCUGUUCAACUUGGCUGUGACAGUCCAGCACCUGCAGGAGACAGGGGUGGGCCGCACCGUGAAUGCGUUGCGCAAGGAGCCUGGGGAGGUGGGGCAGGCGGCGCGCUCGCUUGUGUACAAGUGGAAGCUGAUGGUGGCUGCUGAGGAGAGUGACACGGAAACAGACACAAACAAUGACAGUUCUACUCAGAAUGGACAUGGCAGUGAAAAGGAUUCGGAUGAUAAUGCCCAUUCAAGGCAUAGGUCGGAUAAAUAUGAGCAAUCACAUUCAUCAUCGAAAUCCAAACACCAUAGGGAAACCAAUGGGAAUUAUAGUGGGAGCAAACGAAAAUACCACAGUAGUGAGGAUGAGGAACCCACCACAAAACGACCAAAACAUUCUAGUUCUAGUGAAGAAGAUUAUAAAGAAAAGUCACAUGCUAAAGGGAAAACUGAGACUGAAAGUGACAGUCGUGAUGAUAGUGAUGCCUCACAGAGUGACGAAAGUGAGUCAGAGAUGUCCGAUUCUUCCCAGGAAGAAGUUAAAGUCAAACAAGAAGUUAAGAUAGAACCAAGUAGUCAUAAGUCAUCUUCCAAACACUCUUCCCACAAUGAUUAUAAUGAUCAUAAGUCUUCUAGUUCACAUAGAAAUCAUGAAGAGAAGCAUUCUAGGCACCAUAGCUCACAGUCGAAAGACAAGCAUUCUUCUGAGAAGGCAUCGUCAAAAGAUAAGAGCCACAGCCACGAUAAACAUAAGAACUCAAAAGAAAGAGAAACAUACUCUGAAAAGAAGAUCAAACAAGAUGGAGAUAAAACUCACAAGGAGUCAAAAUCGUCGAGCAAACAUAGUUCAGACAAGCAUAGUAGCACAGAGAAGCAUGCUAGUUCUGAUAAACACAAUAGUUCGGACAAACACAGUAGAUCAGAAAAACACAGUUCGGACAAACAUAAUAAUGUAGAUAAACAUAGUAGCUCCGACAAACACAAGUCAAGUAGCUCUCACAAAACAGAGAGUGGGUCGGACAAAAACAAAAGUUCUGAUAAACAUAGUAAGUCAGACAAACACAAGAACUCGAGUCAUUCACAUAGUUCAGAAAAAGAGAAGCAUAAAAGUUCAUCUGAAAAAGAUGUUGAAAAGUCAAAACAGAAAGUUAAGGAGAGUUCUAGUAAUAGUAGUAGUUCUAAGGAAAAGCAUAGUUCCUCUAGUAAGGAAAAGUCAAAAGAUAGAAGUAGUUCUUCUAAGGAGAAAUCAAGUAGUCAUAGUAGUGAGAAGAAAAAUUCUUCGUCCAGUGAGAGUAAGUCGAAUGGUAGUAGUAAGAGUCAUUCUGAAAAGAAUGAUGAGAAGGCUGACAAGAAGUCGAAGCACAGAUCCAGUUCCUCUUCACACAAGAGUAAGUCAAGCAGCAGUAAGAAUGAUGAAGUACCAAAGAAAAAAGUUCAAAUACAAACCACGGAGGACAGUGAUGAUGGGAUCGACUGCGGCUCAGGUGCCAGUUUUGCUGAAGCUCUAGGAAUGAUCAGUCCCGCCAAGCCAAAAAAGAGAACGCUGAAGGACUGCGCUUCACCGAAUGAUUUAAGUCCAGCAAGUCUCUUGGCUCCUACAGCGAAACUAGCGCCUUUACCGGCGUUGGAGAUCUCAGCACUACCAGAAAUAUCGCCCAACUACAAACCACGGCCGCCACCUCGACCGCUGCCACAUUUCAGCGAUGAGGACGCCAUGAAUCAUGUUAUUUCAUCUAAAAACCAAAGAACCAAAGUAUAUUCGGGCAACAAAGUCAUAGGAAAGAUACCAUCCCUCUACGAAAUGUGUGUCAACGUACUGCAGGAACAUAUUGAUGCACUUGAAUAUACGGGUGGCGUGCCAUACGAAAUCCUGAAGCCUGUCGUAGACAAGGCGACUCCGCAACAGCUGUUCAUAUUGGAACACUACAAUCCUUACCUCAUGGAGGACACCGACCAUCUGUGGCAGAAGUUCUGUCAGAAAGAUUUCCGUAACAAACAGCGGCAAGAACUGGAAGCUUGGAGAGAGAUGUAUUCGAGAUGCCAAGAAGAACAAGAAAUUAAGUUAAAAUCGCUAACGGCGAACAUCAAAAUAGCUCAAGAAGCGAAGAAGGCGCCUAUUAAGCAGACAAAAAUGGCGUAUGUCGAUUCUAUUGCAAAGCCGCCUCGCAACAUCGCCAAGAAACAGGCGCAGCACGGCACGGCGCGACUGGCAACGGGCAGUCCGGCGGCGCGGGUGGCGUCGCUAGCGGCCGCGCCCAACGUACGGCGGGGAGACUCCGGCCCUGUACGAGCCCUCGCCCCCAUGCCCUCAUCCACACCCUCCUCCUUCAAACCCAAGAAAGCCCCUCUCAUGGCAAAAGCCCUACAGAUCAUGCGUGGACGCAAGCGAUGAUAAUCUCCACCGCUUCUCCGUCCCCUGCUAAUUUUAUCCCAGAGAGUAGAUAGCGAAUUUGUAUUAAGUUCCAACUAGGUAGUCCCAUACAAUGUUCCGAAAUCACGGUUAGUGUUUAGUGUUACGUCGCUAAAGUUAUGUAACUGUUUUCCCUCGCUCACGUGUCUGUAAAUAUAUUUAUAUAAAACGAUGGAUUUAUUGUGAAGAAUGUUUUGUGUUUUAUUUUAAAUGCAGUUUUAAUUUAGGUUUUAUCUUUUACUUUUGUACUUGACAUUUCGUGCCUGCAAUUAUUGUGGUUUACUUAUUUUGUGUUUCAUUUCCAAAUUGUGUACAGCUGUUGUUGUGAUGAGCAUGAGAACUAAUAGUUUAGAUUUUCUUUUGACAUAUCUUCAAAGUAACUUUGUAUACGCGUUAAGUAAUAGAACAAGAAUCAUUAGAUUGUAAACUGUUUGUAAAAAGGCAGCAGUCUAACAUAUUUACUUUCGUUGAACGUCACUGUAAUACAGUAUACUACCUCGUAGCCGAUUGUGCUAAAAGUAUUUAUCUCAUGGACUUACAUCACAUUUUAUAAUAGACUCGAAUUAUUUUCUCAAACAAAUUUUAAACACUGUCGUACGUUUAGCCAACCGAAUUUAUUUAAUUACUUGUUCCUGCUUUAAACCAAAAAUCGGACAGUGUACAAAGGAAAAUCGUGUAAAAUAUUUAGAACAAACCAAUUUUGAGCUUAUCAAACAUUUGUAGAUUUUAAGUUAGUAUAUUUAGCGUUAAAUUAAUCGGCACUAUAACAAUAUUGUAAAUGGAAUACACAAAUGUGUAACUGUCGCAUUUGAUCGUGUCAUUAGAGGUUUAACAAGAAUUCUUAAUGUAGUCAGUAAUACAAUGGGAUGUCGGAAAUGAACCAAAUCAUUUGGGUUGCUGUGAUAUGUUUGAAAUAUAACAUAAAAUUGUGAUGUAGUGUUUUUGUAAGACGCGAAAUGAGUAACUUGUCGAGAUGUAUGUAUCUUAAAUGUCUUAAGGUAUUUUAAAAAUGUUUUAGAAACAUAAAUGUUUGUUUACAUUUACUCUAGCCAGAGUAUUGAAUGUGUUUUAUGUGACCUUUGAAACCAAAUUUGUAAAGGAUGAAAUAAAACAACUGUUUGUUCGUUGUAGGUAAUGGUAAUGUAUUGUUAUAUAACAUCACAAAUAACCCUAGAUCAAUGUAUUAAAGUACACGUUAGGAGAAACAAGAACUUCCAUAGAUUAGCCACCGAAUGAAACAUCGAUGUUGUAAUCAUGUUCAUUUGAUAAAGUAGUAAAUUAUAUUUGUAUAUGAGCACAUAAGGUCACUUUCAUAUUAUUUUGUAUUUGUUGAUAAAAUAAUGCUUUCCAAUAAGAAAAGUUAUUCUCUUAACAAAAAGACUAGAAGAUAUGUUAUCCAAUAAGUUUUAUCUUAUUUUUGUCAUAUUGCAUUGAAAAUUGUAAUUAUUUGAUACAAUUAUGCCAUUAUUUAUACAGUGAAUUAUACUUAUGUGGUUUUUA